CGAGGGAAUUACUCAUGUGCUGAAAUCUACCCCCACUGCGUAACUCGUGAGCACCACCACCACUCAGCAGAAACGCCGAGUGAACCGUCGAAGCAUCGCCGGUUCUUGUUCCUCAUUUUCCCGUACUAUCGCAAUCCGCCAAACACCUUUUCCCACCAGAAACCCACCCGCUCCCUCGCUCUCCCCUCCCCCACUCGUUGUCGAAACAACAAUGGCAGCCGCUCGUGUCGCCCGGAACACUCUUUCUGCCACCCUGCGACGAAAUGCAUUCAACAGAAAAUUCCCCACCACGUUGACGAGGUCUCUGGCGACACCCACGGCGGCCAACGUCCACACCACCCAGUCGACCACCCUUAAGAAUGGACUGACGAUCGCUACCGAGCACUCGCCAUAUGCGCAGACCGCCACCGUCGGUGUGUUCAUUGACGCCGGAAGCCGGGCCGAGACCGAUGCCUCCAACGGAACCGCACACUUUUUGGAGCACUUGGCUUUCAAGGGCACCAACAAGCGCUCGCAGCAGCAGUUGGAACUCGAGAUCGAGAACAUGGGUGGACAUUUGAACGCCUACACAUCGCGAGAGAACACUGUUUACUACGCAAAGUCCUUCAAGGAUGAUGUUGGAAAGUCGGUUGAAAUCCUGGCCGACAUCCUGCAGAACUCGAAGCUCGAGGAGUCCGCCAUUGAGCGCGAGCGUGAUGUUAUCCUCCGGGAGCAGGAGGAGGUUGAUAAGCAGCUGGAGGAGGUCGUCUUCGACCACUUGCAUGCCACUGCCUUUCAGGGACAGUCUCUCGGCCGCACCAUCCUCGGCCCCAAGGAGAACAUCCUGUCGAUCAAGAAGGCCGACCUCCAGAACUACAUCUCCACCAACUACAAGGCCGACCGCAUGGUCCUUGUCGGUGCUGGAGGAAUCCCCCACGAGCAACUCGUUGAGCUCGCCGAGAAGAACUUCGGCAACCUGAAGUCAUCCGACAGCCCCCUGACCCUCGGAACAUCGCGUGGACCUAAGCCUGAGUUCAUCGGUUCCGAGGUCCGCAUGCGUGACGAUACCAUCCCCACCGCCCACAUUGCCAUCGCUGUUGAGGGUGUCAGCUGGAAGGACCCCGACUACUUCACCGCUCUGGUCGCUCAGGCUAUCAUCGGUAACUUCGACCGCGCCAUGGGUAACGCCCCCCACCUCGGCAGCAAGCUCUCGUCUGUGCUCCACCAGCACCAGCUUGCCAACUCGUUCAUGAGCUUCAGCACCUCGUACUCUGACGUUGGUCUGUGGGGAGCCUACAUGGUCACCGACAACCUCACCAACAUUGACGACCUGGUCCACUUUACUCUCCGUGAAUGGAACCGCAUGGCGCAGAUCGUCACCGAAGCUGAGGUUGAGCGUGCUAAGGCCCAGCUCAAGGCUUCGCUGUUGUUGAGCCUUGACGGAACCACUGCCAUUGCUGAGGACAUCGGACGACAGAUCGUCACUACCGGCCGAAGAAUGAGCCCGGCUGAAAUCGAGCGUGUGGUCGGUGCCAUCACCGAAAAGGACGUUAUGGCGUUUGCCCAGCGAAGGAUUUGGGAUCAGGAUGUUGCCAUCAGUGCUGUGGGAAGCAUCGAGGGUCUGCUCGACUACAACCGUAUCCGCAACGACACUAGCCGAAACUUCUAAGCGUAUUGGUAGUUAUGAGAGAGGUGAGCGGGGUGAAGAAUUACAGGGUCAACCAGUGGGAAGUGGGGAAGGCAGAAUAGAUGAUGGGUGUACCAUGGGGUUUCAAAAAGAAUCGAGCCGCCUUGCUUUUUUGCAUAUCUAUUCAAAGAAUAUUCAAUGAUGUACAGUACCUCUAUAUCCAUCCUCUCGGCAACAUUCUCCUACCAAAGAUGGCAGAGGUGUGUUUGGCUGGGAUGCGUGGGGGUUGUUGUAGAUCGUCGAUACCUCGUGUUUUGG